AUGAGCCAGACUGAGGUUCCUCAAAGACCAAAGAAGCUUCGUCGGAAUCGACGUGCCUGUGAUCAGUGCAGUGCUCGUAGCGUCAAAUGUCGACCGACUGAUGGAGAACUUGGACAGUGUCAGAACUGUAUCGAUUAUGGAGAGACAUGCACUUCCCUCCGCCCUAUGGCAAGGCGCGGCCCCAAGCCGCGAUCAGCCAGGUCUACAACAAGCCAACCGAGAACCGAUACUCAGGAUGUAACUUCUAGCCGCGAUCCAGCACAAGCUCAGGUGUCCCCCACUAGUCAAGAAACUACGCUUGACAGUUCCACAUGGAAACCAAGAAUGAUGCCUCCUCAAGCGAUUGUGAUGGAUUUGACCGAAAUCUACUUCGAGGUCGUAUAUCCUGUUUUCCCCUAUUUUCACCGACCCACCUUGUUACGGAGGGUCUCUCGUGGAGAAUAUGCUACAAAUCGACCGCUUUUUGCUUCCGUUCUGGCGAUGUGUGCGCUUUCGUCGGCUCGUGUCCGUGAUGGGGCGCUGUACACUAGUAGAUGGGAUGCGAAUUCCUUGAAGAGCCCUUCAUCCGAAGAGCUGUUUCAAGCUGCAAAACAGGUCAUUCCUCCUGAUGCCGCAUUAUCUCAGGAAUUUGAUUACAUGCGAGCUUAUGCUUUACUCGCCAUUGCUUCCAUACAGUACGGAGAUACUCCCCGGAUGAACUAUUACCUCGGUCUCUACCACAGCUUCGUUGCUGUAGGCAUGCUGCAGGAUGAAAACAACUGGCCUGCCGGACUUGGACAUGUCGAGAUCGAAGAGCGACGAAGACUCUUCUGGUCUAUGUAUACGCUGGACAUCUUCUCUUCAAUCAUCUGGGGCGGUUUUGCCAAAAGCAGAGAAGCUUGCUUCAACGUCUGUUAUCCAGCCGAAUGCGACGACGAGUAUUACAGCGACUCUAAUCCUGUAACAACAGCGAAUUAUGCUGCUCCUAGUUGGGUGAAAGGAUGGAACUUCGUUACAGAUUUGUACCGGAUACUCGAACAUGCAGUCGAUCGUCUUGGUAAUCUACGAAACCCCGUACAGCGCACACCCUCAGUCAUGAAUUACAUUGAACAGGGCAGCCCUCGGGAGGCAUCAGUCCUUACCAACAUCAUGACACUUUACGAGCAACUACCACCAAUCUUCAAAACAACCCAACCCUUGACGGGCAGACUCGAGAAAGAUCUUUUCGGUUUUCAAGCUGCGAAUAUCGCCGCAUCGUUACAGCUCGUCCGUAUGGUUCUGUUUACCACCGACAACUCGACCGUAGACCAAAAAUGUCAGAUCGCGAGCGAAGUCAUCAAUGGAUUUGCUAGUGUCCCUGUGGCAUACCUUCGCGCUAUCAGUUCACCUCUCUUCCAUCAUCUAGCAGGUAUUGGAAGCAUCAUGGGCUCAGCCUUUGAGAACGGUCUUACCGAAUCAUCAUACCGACGAGUACGAUCAGUAUUGCUGGAUCUCGCAAACCUACUAGCAAACCUCGAAGUCGAUUUAUAUUGCGCCGCAGGAACCAGCGACAAACUACGAGCUCAAGUCUCGAGGAUCGACGAGUUUAUGAAGAUACAAAGGUCUGUGGAUGCUGGAGGACUAACGCCAUGGACGACGCACACUACACCCAACCCGGAAUUGUUGUCGCCUGGGGCUUUACAUGCAGCGCAGCAGCAACAACUCGCCGCCAUGUCUGAAAAUUCGCCACAAAUACAUUUCCCGGCUGAACUUUUUGAGAAUUGGUCUUGGGCGUUUGAUUUCAAUUAG